AUGUUUAUCUAUCCAUCAGGCCUGUUUAUCUAUCCAUCAGGCCUGUUUAUCUAUCCAUCAGGCCUGUUCAUCUAUUUAUCAGGCAUGUUAAUUUUUCCAUCAGGCCUGUUUAUCUAUUCUUCAGACCUGUUCAUCUAAUCAUCAGGCCUGUUUAUCUAUCCAUCAGGGCUGUUUAUCUAUCCAGCAGGCCUGUUCAUCUAUCCAUCAGGCCUGUUCAUCAAAUCAUCAGGCCUGUUUAUCUAUCCAUUAGGCCUGUUUAUCUAUCCAGCAGGCCUGUUCAUCUAUCCAUCAGGCCUGUUUAUCUAUCCAUCAGGCAUGUUUAUCUAUCCAUCAGGCCUGUUCGUCUAUCCAUCAGGCCUGUUCAUCCAUCCAUCAGGCCUGUUUAUCUAUCCAUAAGGCCUGUUUAACUAUCCAUCAGGCCUGUUUAUCUAUCCAUCAAGCCUGUUUAUCUAUCCAUCAGGCCAGUUCAUCUAUCCAUCAGGCCUGUUCAUCAAUCCAUCAGGCCUGUUUGUCUAUCCAUCAGGCCAGUUCAUCUAUCCAUCAGGCCUGUUCAUCUAUCCAGCAGGCCUGUUCAUCUAUCCAUCAGGCCUGUUCAUCUAUUUAUCAGGCAUGUUAAUCUAUCCAUCAGGCCUGUUUAUCUAUUCUUCAGACCUGUUCAUCUAAUCAUCAGGCCUGUUUAUCUAUCCAUCAGGGCUGUUUAUCUAUCCAGCAGGCCUGUUCAUCUAUCCAUCAGGCCUGUUCAUCAAAUCAUCAGGCCUGUUUAUCUAUCCAUUAGGCCUGUUUAUCUAUCCAGCAGGCCUGUUCAUCUAUCCAUCAGGCCUGUUUAUCUAUCCAUCAGGCAUGUUUAUCUAUCCAUCAGGCCUGUUCGUCUAUCCAUCAGGCCUGUUCAUCUAUCCAUCAGGCAUGUUUAUCUAUCCAUCAGACCUGUUUAUCUAUCCAUCAGGCCUGUUUACCUAUCCAUCAGGCCUGUUCAUCUAUGCAGCAGGCCUGUUCAUCGAUCCAUCAUGUUCAUCUAUCCAUCAGUGUCACGAUCGUCAGGAACAGAUGAGGACCAAGGCGCAGCGUUGCAGGCAAACAUACUCUUUAUUUAGCGUCAAAUGACCAAAACAACAAAACGAUAUCGUGACAGUUCACGGUCUAAAACAAACCGACUGGAAACAAAUCCCACAAACACGAAUGAAAAACAACCAGCAACACCUGACACUCGUUGCCUCUGAUUGGGAGCCACUCUGGCCAACAUAGAAAUGGCACCCAUAGAAACAAAACACAUUGAUCUACACACCCUGGCUCAACGUAACAGUGUCCCCAUAGCCAGGGCGUGACAGUACCCCCCCCUAAAGGCGUGGACUCCGACCGCGUCAACCAAAUACCACAGGGGAGGGACCUGUUUAUCUAUCCAUCAGGCCUGCUUAUCUAUCCAUAAGGCCUGUUUAUCUAUCCAUAGGCUGUUCGGCUAUCCAUAAGGCCUGUUCAUCUAUCCAUCAUGUGUAUCUAUACAUCAGGCCUGUUUAUCUAUCCAUCAGGCCUGUUUAUCUAUCCAUCAGGCCCGUUCAUCUAUCCAUCAGGCAUGUUUAUCUAUCCAUCAGACCUGUUUAUCUAUCCAUCAGGCCUGUUUACCUAUCCAUCAGGCCUGUUCAUCUAUCCAGCAGGCCUGUUCAUCGAUCCAUCAUGUUCAUCUAUCCAUCAGGCCUGUUUAUCUAUCCAUCAGGGCUGGUUAUCUAUCCAGCAGGCCUGUUCAUCUAUCCAUCAGGCCUGUUCAUCAAAUCAUCAGGCCUGUUUAUCUAUCCAUCAGGCCUGUUUAUCUACCCAUCAGGCAUGUUUAUCUAUCCAUCAGGCCUGUUCAUCUUUCCAUCAGGUCUGUUCAUUUAUUCAUCAGGCCUGUUUAUCUAUCCAUUAGGCCUGUUCAUCCAUCCAUCAGGCCUGUUUAUCUAUCCAUCAGGCCUGUUCAUCCAUCAAUAAGGCCUGUUUAUCUAUCCUCAGGCGUGUUCAUCUAUACAUCAGGCCUGUUUAUCUAUCCAGCAUGCCUGUUCAUCUAUCCAGCAGUCCUGUUAAUCUAUCCAUCAGGCCUGUUCAUCUAUCCAGCAGGCCUGUUUAUCUAUCCAUCAGGCCUGUUUAUCUAUACAUCAGACAUGUUUAUCCAUCCUUCAAGCCUUUUAUAUAUCCAUCAGUCCUGUUCAUCUAUCCAUCAUGUUACUCUAUCCAUCAGGCCUGUUCAUCUAUCCAGAAGGCCUGUUCAUCUAUCCAUCUUGUUCAUCUAUCCAUCAGGCCUGUUCAUCUAUCCAGCAGGCCUGUUCAUCUCUCCAUCAGGCCAGUUUAUCAAUUCAUCAGGCCUGUUCAUCUAUUCAUCAGGCCUGUUUAUCUAUCCUUCAAGCCUUUUAUAUAUCCAUCAGGCCUGUUCAUCUAUCCAGAAGGCCUGUUCAUCUCUCCAUCAGGCCAGUUCAUUUAUUCAUCAGGCCUGUUUAUGUAUUCAUUAGGCCUGUUUAUUUAUCCAUCAGGCCUGUUCAUCUGUCCAUCAGGCCUGUUUAUCUAUCCAGCAGGCCUGUUCAUCUAUCCAGCAGUCCUGUUAAUCUAUCCAUCAGGCCUGUUCAUCUAUCCAGCAGGCAUGUUUAUCUAUCCAUCAGGCCUGUUUAUAUAUCCAUCAGGCCUGUUUAUCUAUCCAGCAGGCCUGUUCAUCUAUCCAUCUGGCCUGUUCAUCUAUCCAGCAGGCCUGUUAAUCUAUCCAUCAGGCCUGUUUAUCUAUCCACCAAGCCUGUUAAUCUAUCCAUCAGGCCUGUUUAUCUAUACAUCAGGCCUGUUCAUCUAUCCAGCAGGCCUGUUUAUCUAUCCAUCAGGCCUUUUCAUGUUUCAAGCAGGCCUGUUCAUCUAUCCAGCAGGCCUGUUUAUCUAUCCAGAAGGUCUGUUCCUCUAUCAAGCAGGCCUGUUCCUCUAUCCAGCAGGCCUGUUCAUCUCUCCAGCAACAGCAGGCCUGUUUAUCUAUCCAGCAGGCCUGUUUAUCUAUCCACCAAGCCUGUUUAUCUAUCCAUCAGGCCUGUUUAUCUAUCCAUCAGGCCUGUUUAUCUAUCCAUCAGGCUUGUUUAUCUAUCCAACAGGCCUGUUUAUCUAUCCAUGAGGCAUGUUUAUCUAUCCAUCAGGCCUGUUUAUCUAUCCAUCAGGCCUGUUGACUGUCCAGCAGGCCUGUUCAUCUAUUCAGCAGGCCUGUUUAUCUAUCCAUCAGGCCUGUUUAUCUAUCCAUCAAGCCUAUUCAUUUAUUCAUCAGCCCUGUUUAUCUAUCCAUCUGGCCUGUUAAUCUAUCCAUCAGGCCUUUUCAUCUAUCCAUCAGGCCUGUUCAUCUAUUCAUCAGGCCGGUUUAUCUAUCCAGCAGGCCUGUUCAUCUAUCCAUCUGGCCUGUUCAUCUAUCCAGCAGGCCUGUUAAUCUAUCCAUCAGGCCUGUUUAUCUAUCCACCAAGCCUGUUAAUCUAUCCAUCAGGACUGUUUAUCUAUACAUCAGGCCUGUUCAUCUAUCCAGCAGGCCUGUUUAUCUAUCCAUCAGGCCUUUUCAUGUUUCAAGCAGGCCUGUUCAUCUAUCCAUUAGGCCUGUUUAUCUAUCCAGAAGGUCUGUUCCUCUAUCAAGCAGGCCUGUUCCUCUAUCCAGCAGGCCUGUUCAUCUCUCCAGCAACAGCAGGCCUGUUUAUCUAUCCAGCAGGCCUGUUUAUCUAUCCACCAAGCCUGUUUAUCUAUCCAUCAGGCCUGUUUAUCUAUCCAUCAGGCCUGUUUAUCUAUCCAUCAGGCUUGUUUAUCUAUCCAACAGGCCUGUUUAUCUAUCCAUGAGGCAUGUUUAUCUAUCCAUCAGGCCUGUUUAUCUAUCCAUCAGGCCUGUUGACUGUCCAGCAGGCCUGUUCAUCUAUUCAGCAGGCCUGUUUAUCUAUCCAGCAGGCCUGUUUAUCUAUUCAGCAGGCCUGUUUAUCUAUCCAGCAGGCCUGUUUAUCUAUGCAGCAAGCCUGUUUAUCUAUCCAUCAGGCCUGUUCAUCUCUCCAGCAACAGCAGGCCUGUUCAUAUAUUCAGCAGGCCUGUUCAUCUAUCCAUCAGGCCUUUUCAUCUCUCCAGCAGGACUGUUUAUCUAUCCAUCAGGCCUGUUCAUCUAUCCAGCAGGACUGUUUAUCUUUCCAUCAGGCCUGUUCAUCUAUCCAUCAGGCCUGUUCAUCUAUCCAGCAGGACUGUUUAUCUAUCCAUCAGACCUGUUUAUCUAUCCAUCAGGCCUGUUUAUCUAUCCAGCAGACCUGUUUAUCUAUCCAUCAGGCCUGUUCAUCUAUCCAUCAGGCCUGUUUAUCUAUCCAGCAGCCUUGUUUAUCUAUCCAUCAGGCCUGUUUAUCUAUCCAGCAGUCCUGUUUAUCUAUCCAUCAGGCCUGUUUAUCUAUCCAUCAAGCCUGUUUAUCUAUCCAGCAGACCUGUUUAUCUAUCCAGCAUGCCUGUUCAUCUAUCCAGAAGGCCUGUUCCUCUAUCCAGCAGGCCUGUUCAUUUAUCCAGCAGGCCUGUUUAUCUAUCCAGCAGGCCUGUUCAUCUAUCCACCAAGCCUGUUUAUCUAUACAUCAGGCCUGUUCAUCUAUCCAUCAGGCCGGUUCAUAUCUUCAGCAACAGCAGGCCUGUUCAUUUAUCCAGCAGGCCUGUUCAUCUAUCCACCAAGCCUGUUUAUCUAUCCAUCUGGGCUGUUCAUCUAUCCAUCUGGGCUGUUUAUCUAUCCAGCAGGCCUGUUUAUCUAUCCAUUAGGCCUGUUCAUCUAUCCUGCAGGCCUGUUCAUCUCAAUCCAGCAGGCCUGUUUAUCUAUCCAUCUGGGCUGUUCAUCUAUCCAUCUGGGCUGUUCAUCUAUCCAUCAGGCCUGUUCAUCUAUCCAUCAGGCCUGUUCAUCUAUCCAGCAGGACUGUUUAUCUAUCCAUCAGGCCUGUUUAUCUAUCCAUCAGGCCUGUUUAUCUAUCCAUCAUAUCUGUUCUUCUAUUCAUCAGGCCUGUUUAUCUAUCCAUCAGGCUUGUUUAUCUAUCCAUCAGGCCUGUAUAUCUAUCCAUCAGGCCUGUUCAUCUAUCCAGUAGGCCUGUUCAUCUAUCCAUCAGGCCUGUUAAUCUCUCCAUCAGGCUUGUUUAUCUAUCCAGCAGGCCUGUUCAUCUCUCCAGCAGGCCUGUUUAUCUAUCCAGUAGGCCUGUUCAUCUAUUUAGUAGGCCUGUUCAUCUAUUUAGUAGGCCUGUUCAUUUAUCCAUCAAGCCUGUUUAUCUAUCCUCAGGCCUGUUAAUCUCUCCAGUAGGCCUGUUCAUCUAUUUAGUAGGCCUGUUCAUUUAUCCAUCAAGCCUGUUUAUCUAUCCAUCAGACCUGUUUAUCUAUCCAUCAAGCCUGUUUAUCUAUCCAUCAGGCCUGUUCAUCUGUCCAGUAGGCCUGUUCAUCUAUCCAGCAGGCCUGUUCAUCUAUCCAGUAGGCCUGUUCAUCUAUCCAUCAAGCCUGUUUAUCUAUCCAUCAGGCCUGUUCAUCUAUCCAGUAGGCCUGUUCAUCUAUUUAGUAGGCCUGUUCAUUUAUCCAUCAAGCCUGUUUAUCUAUCCAUCAGACCUGUUUAUCUAUCCAUCAAGCCUGUUUAUCUAUCCAUCAGGCCUGUUCAUCUAUCCAGCAGGCCUGUUUAUCUAUCCAUCAGGCCUGUUCAUCUAUCCAGCAGGCCUGUUUAUCUAUCCAGCAGGCCUGUUUAUCUAUCCAUCAGGCCUGUUCAUCUAUCCAGCAGGCCUGUUUAUCUAUCCAUCAGGCCUGUUCAUCUAUCCAGCAGGCCUGUUUAUCUAUCUAACAGGCCUGUUCAUCUAUCCAGCAGGCCUGUUUAUGUAUCCAUCAGGCCUGUUUAUCUAUCCAUCAGGCCUGUUUAUCUAUCCAGCAGGCCUGUUUAUCUAUCCAUCAGGCCUGUUUAUCUAUCCAUCAGGCCUGUUUAUCUAUCCAGCAGGCCUGUUUAUCUAUCCAUCAGGCCUGUUUAUCUAUCCAUCAGGCCUGUUUAUCUAUCCAGCAGGCCUGUUUAUCUAUCCAGCAGGCCUGUUUAUCUCUGUGGACUGGGAUGUAAUGUGA